UUAGGCCUAGCGAGAACUGGUCAUUUAUGGCGCGCCAACUUCACAGCAUAGCGAAGUAAAGAUGCGUCUUGUGGUUGGUUCCCCCAUGUGCUUUGCAUAUAUUCUCGUUUUUGUGUAGUUAGAGACUUUCGCAACUCCCCCGAAAAUAUGUGGUCUCUGCGUCACGCGGAAACAAACAACGUGUGCUACCGUCUCCUGUGCGGCGGAGAAUUCACGGUGGGUCGCAAGGGCGCGGACAUUUUAAUUGCUAACGAUGCAUCCAUCAGCCGGGAGCAUGCUGUAUUAUCUGUUGCUCCCUUGCCCGAUGAUCGCCUCGGCGAUGUUUCCUUCGUACCCCUACUUCGAGUGAAGGACCUUGGCUCCAAAUACGGGACGAGCGUCAACUCGAGAGAACUCGGUAAAUCCGAGGAAACCGCUCUGAGAGAAGGCGACAUCGUUACUUUCGGAAAGCUCGGUAGCAAGUACAAGAUGUGCUACAAUGCUCCAUUUGUGGUGACUACUUCGUGCCUGUCGACGCCAGAAAAAGAACGUCUGAAGGAUACGUUGAAGAAGAUUGGGGCCCGACUCAAGCCCGAGUGGUCCGAUCGUUGCACGCAUGUCGUGAUGGCUGCCAUUCGCCUCACGAUGAAGACGACGGCCGCCCUGCUAGCUGCGAAGCCUGUGGUGACACCAGGUUUCUUCACAGAAGUGCAGAACCGCGUGCAGCGCCAGGACCUAACCGACGUUGACCCGGCGGCGUUUAUACCGGACGUCACGGAAGAGUGCCUGACGUUAUCGAAGGAGACGUUCGGCUGCAACGAAGCUCGCAAGAGCGUGUUCUCCGGAAAAACGUUUUAUUUCCUCACGGAGAAGCAGUACAAGUCACUAGGCGAGCUUGUGGUAUCGGGCGGCGGCCGAGCGGAGUUGGUGCGCAACCCCAAUCGACCGACGUCCGAUCUCAUAGCUGAAGGCAGCUGUGUGAUUAAACCCAGCGACGGCAACGAAACGCCUGUGUGCCGAUACCUUCUCAAAAACAAGCUGCGUUCCCUGUCUGCGUCGGACGUGGGCAUGGCGGUCAUCUACUGCUCGACGGACAAAUUCUGUAACCCUCGCAACAGACUGGUCAAUGUGUUGUGGGGCGACGACAUGCUGUCGACUCAGGCGCAAUCGCAGGAAGAGGUGUGCGCGCCGGAUACCGAACCGUCACAGCAGGGCGUGGUCCCGAGGCGUUACGACUUUUCGGGCGCACCCUCCACAUCCAGAAUCAUUCCCGAGAGCAGGUUGUUGAGCACGUCAGCUUCUGGCUUUGGGAGCAACCUCGAUCUUUUAUUAGAUACCAACACGGGAACUACAACUGUCAGUGAACAGGCCAGGGGUUUGCUGACACCAGUGAAGGGAUCGCCACUAAAAAAUCGUUUGGCUGGCAAGCCUUCAUCACCUAAACGGUCACCCCGCAAGAUAACGAAGAAAGAUGCUCAGGGGACUCUUCCCUUGGAGUGCUACUUUGGCAGGCCAUCUCAAAAGAGAAAAGACGACAGUCUGGAAGAAACAAAUGCAGCAAAGGUACCUAAGUUGGACCCAACAUUCAAUGCAGGUGAUAGAGAGGUCGAAGUUAAACAGGAGGUGCUUACACCACCAUCACCUGAGCAGCAGGAACAAAGUGUCAGUUUAGCUGAUGAGGAGCAAAGUAUGGAAGCUGAUGUAGCGGAAUCUUUUCCAAGCACUUCACAGUCGGCUCCAGCGCCCUCACAAGAACCACUAUCUCAGACUGGAAACAGGAAGCAGUCCAGCACCAAGCUAUCUGAUGCUUCAGUAGAACCGUCCGUUAAUGACAGCCACAACCUAGAGGAUCUCAUGAUCGAAACAAGCAAAGUUGUUGUUGAGUUUGCAGAUCUGGUUCUCUGCAGUUCUCGGUCAGUCGUGUCAACACAAGAAGCAGUGUCGACACUUGGAGUGCCGAACUUCAAGCGAUUUCGAAAAGCUCACCAAGCUCACCUAGUUGGUCUGCCAAAGAUUAUUGGCGGGCCUGACCUAGAAGUUUAUGUUCCUGUUGUGCCUGGACACGAGUUUGAGGAUGUUGAAGCAGAGUCUGAUGACCUCGGCCACUUGUUUAACUACUGCCCAGACAACUCAAAGCGGAGGCGCCUAAUGUGAUGUACCUUUGGGGGAAAUUAGGCACUGUGUAAGAUGGUAAAAAUUAUCUGGUUUAACUUCUUUUGCAUUUCAUAUCGUUUGUGAGUAUAAUGUGAAGGUGUGAUCAGAACAAUAUAGAGCUUGCCUGGUUUGGUAAAAUUGCAUAAGUGCAUUAUCUAACAGCCUCAUGUUGAAAUGGCUAGGGUCUUUUGAGCAUGUGCAUACAUGGUCCACAGUGAUACAUUUAGAAAACAAACACGAACUGGAAAAGUUAGGUAAACAUCUUGGUUUCUACAUGGGAGAUUGUUAACACUGCUGACUUCUGUGGCAUGUCCUUGUUGUCUUUAUUAUGCAUUGUCCUGACCUGAUGGCAUACAAUCUUGCUGUUGUUUUCAUGGACUAUAGCAGCAUCUAUCUGCCUUUCAAACCAUUCAUCAUUCAUCGCUUCAGUGUUGCAUAACUCUUAAAGCAGCUCAGGGUGCUCCAUCUAGUAAAUUAAUAGCCACUCAUGCACUAGAAACACAUUGUCGCCUGCACUAUCUUGUUAAAGUUAUAUCGGUGUGCUGUUACUGCCAGGUGAGAUUGUGUGGUGUUACGUAAGUAGGGCUGGUUAGAGCUAUAACAGCAGAGAGAAACGCAAUGGUAAAAAAGUCAGUGCUUAUGCAGAAUGCAACUGUUGUUUACGCUAGUACUGCUAAGUAGGAAAUCAGUGCAACUUGGGUGGGCACUCCUGUGUUCCGAAUUAUGGCCCCUCUAGUUUAAGUUUUCAUUGAAAGGCUCUAUCACAACAGCCCGAAGAGAUAACUUGAAGCUUAAGUCGACUGCUUGUCCACCGUUUAAUGAGGCCCUGCAACUCGCUUUCUUAAAACGUUAAAAAAACACUGGAAUAAGUGUGAUGUGCCUAGACAAGUCAGAGAUGCUAGUUUUAUCCACUAUUCUGAAAUAUAUAUUUUCUUGCUUUGCUUUACACAAAGUAAUAUAGCCAAAGAGAAUGUGUACAACGUCUGCCAGCUUAGAUGUUGUGGCAUAUUGUCUUGGAAGCAUCUUGUUUCCUUUUUAUAGAAUAUAACUGAAAAAUGAAGUUAUGCAAUGGGGGGGGGGGUGUUUGUAUAAACUUCGUUUGGCAUAAAAAUGUCUUUAUCAGAUGUUGGACUGGUUGGAUUUUGGACGUAUUUAAUCAAAGACUGUACAAUGGACCUUUUUCCAGUAAGCGACCCCUCUAGCGGCCGCCACUUCAACUGAACUUGACGGGCAAGACACAUACACUCCCGCCGCCUCUCGCCUCUACGCAGAGCACGGUAGCAUUUGACCAA